GCCAUCCAUAAGAUGGCGGAAGGUGAGAGGUGAAAGUUGACGGGGAGAAAUCACAUGAUAUUGAAGAUGGCUUCAAUACAGUGGCACUCCCGAGAGAGAAAUUACACCACUGAAAUAGAAUCAUGCAGGCUGGAGAGAGUGGCUGUGGAAUAUGGGGACUAUCAUCCUUUGAAACCCAUAACGGUCACAGAAUCUAAAACCAAGAAAUUAGGUCGAAAAGAAAGCACCUCCUCGAAUUCUUCAUCCUGCUCCUCUAAUUCAUUUAUAGAUCCAUUGAGUACAGUCCUGGAUGGAACGGACCCUCUUUCUAUGUUUGCAGCUACAGCUGAGCCCGUCAUGGCAGCCAUGGAGGGCAGCAGAAAGAAGCACGAGAACGAAGAGUUUGUUGGUAGUGACUUUGAGCCGUGGUCGAGUAAACGCGGUGAGAUCCUGGCCAAGUACACCACCACUGAAAAGCUCUCCAUAAAUCUCUUCAUGGGAUCAGAUAAAGCUAAAGCCAGUACACCAGGCUCCGCAGUGUCCGAAAAAGUGAGAACUCGGCUAGAGGAGUUGGAUGACCUGGAGGAGGGAUCACAGAAGGAACUCUUGAAUCUAACCCAGCAAGAUUACAUCAGCCGCAUUGAGGAGCUAAACCAGUCCCUAAAGGAUGCCUGGGCCUCUGAUCAGAAAGUCAAAGCGUUAAAAAUAGUUAUCCAGUGCUCAAAGCUACUAUCAGACACCACAGUGAUCCAGUUCUACCCAAGCAAGUUUGUGUUGAUAACCGAUAUUCUUGAUACAUUUGGGAAACUUGUAUACGAGCGGAUAUUGUCCAUGUGCACGGAAAAUCGCACCUCCUUGCCUGCAAAGUUCUCACCAGACAAUGUGAAUGACACUGCAAAGGAGACCUGCUUAAAUUGGUUCUUCAAGAUUGCGUCCAUCAGGGAGCUUGUUCCUAGAUUUUAUGUGGAAGCAGCAAUCCUAAAAUGCAACAAGUUUCUGACUAAAACAGGAAUAUCUGAGAGCCUUCCUCGUCUAACGUCCAUGAUUAAAGGCAUCGGAGAUCCUCUGGUUGCUGUUUACGCCAGAGCGUAUCUCUGCAGGGUUGGAAUGGAGGUGGCUCCAAAUGUCAAAGAAAGUCUCAACCAGAACUUUUUUGACUUCCUACUCACGUUUAAACAAAUUCACAGUGACACGGUACAGAACCAACUGGCAGUACAAGGGGUGGAGAUCCCAGUCUACCUGACUUUAUACUCUCCGGCGAUAGACUGGAUAUUGCAAUGUAUCGCUUAUCGAGCUCCCGAGGUUCUGCUGACAGAGAUGAUGGAACGGUGCAAGAAGCUCGGAAACAACGCUUUGCUGCUCAAUUCCGUGAUGUCUGCAUUCAGGGCAGAGUUCAUUGCUGCAAGAUCGAUGGAUUUUAUCGCCAUGAUUAAAGAAUGCGAUGAGUCUGGCUUCCCUAAGCAUCUACUUUUCCGCUCUCUGGGAUUAAAUGUCGCCUUGGCUGAUCCUCCUGAGAAUGACAGACUUCAGAUUUUAAAUGAAGCGUGGAAGGUGAUCACCAAAUUGAGAAACCCACAGGAUUACAUUAACUGCGCAGAAGUGUGGGUUGAGUAUACAUGCAGGCAUUUCACGAAGCGAGAAGUGAACACAAUUCUAGCUGAUGUCAUCAAACACAUGACUCCUGAUCGAGCGUUUGAAGAUGCAUAUCCCCAGUUACAGUCUGUAAUUACAAAAGUAAUCUCUCAUUUCCACGACUUCUCGAUCCUUUUCUCUGUGGAGAAAUUUCUGCCAUUUUUGGAUAUGUUCCAGAAAGAGAGUGUUAGAGUGGAAGUCUGCAAGUGUAUAAUGGAAGCUUUUAUUAAGCACCAGCAAGAGGUGACGAAGGAUCCUGUUAUACUCAAUGCUCUGCUUCACGUGUGUAAAACGAUGCAUGACUCUGUAAAUGCGUUGACUCUUGAAGAUGAAAAGAGAAUGCUAUCCCAUCUCAUCAAUGGCUUCAUACGAAUGGUCUCCUUUGGGCGUGACUUUGAGCAGCAACUGAGUUUUUAUGUGGAGGCCAGAUCGAUGUUCUGUAAUCUGGAGCCUGUUCUGGUUCAAUUAAUUCAUAGUGUGAACAGACUAGCCAUGGAAACCAAAAAGGUUAUGAAAGGGAAUCAUUCCAGAAAAACUGCUUCCUUUGUCAGGGCCUGUGUUGCCUUCUGCUUCAUCACCAUUCCAUCCCUGACCAGUAUCUUCACGCGGCUUAAUCUGUAUCUCCACUCCGGCCAGGUGGCUCUAGCAAACCAGUGUCUUUCGCAAGCCGAUGCCUUCUUCAGAGCUGCUGUGAGCCUUGUCCCAGAAGUGCCAAAGACUAUUAACGUGGAUGGAAAAAUGAAAUCUUCUGAAGCCUUUCUCCUUGAGUUCCUCAGUAACUUAUUCUCCACAUUACUGGUUGUUCCUGAUCAUCCAGAACAAGGGGUUCUGUUUCUCGUCCGAGGACUUUUAAAUGUGAUUGAGGAUUAUACCUGGGAAGAUAACAGUGAUGAUAAAAUCCGCAUCUACACCAAUGUUUUACAUCUGCUUGCAGGGCUCAGUCAAGAGAGCUACCUCUACCAUGUGGACAAAGUUGACUCCAAUGAUGCUCUCUAUGGUGGAGAUGCCAAAUUCCUGUCUGAAAUUAACAGACUGUGCGACACUCUCAUCGGGCAAAUUCUGGAGCAUCUGAAGGCACUUGGGAAGGAAAAGACCCUAAAGCGCCAGAGCUCACUGGCCUUGCUGUUUUUCAAUAGUAUCCUUGCCCACGGAGAUCUCCGAAACAAUAAGCUGAAUCAGCUGGCUGUAAACCUUUGGAAUCUGGCUCAGAAACACGGAUAUGCCGAAACCAAAACUAUGGUUAAAACCUUGGAGUACAUCAAGGGUAGAAGUAAACAGCCUGAAUCAAGUCAUUUGAAUGACCUGGUCAUCAGACUUCCACUACAGUCUCGAACAUAAAGCCUGGGAUCAGGACUGUCAAACAUCCACCUCAUGAAGCCACUCACUGGUGUUUGUUUGAUCCAAACCCCUCCAUUUUUUUAGUAUUGCAUGAAGACAAAGACCGUUUAUGUCAGCGAUCUCAUCAAUGUACUUAAAAUGGACCCAAACGAAAAGUGUACUUUUCACGCAUCAACUGCUAUCAAGAGGACACAUUCUAGGGCGCUUUCAGUCCUCUUAAUCAUCUGUGCCUUUCUUCACAUUCUGUCUAAAAAA